AUGGCGAUGGCUGAUCCCACCCUCAACCCCAACCCGACCCUGUCCCCAAUGUUGACCUUGACCAGGAAGCUGGGGACCCCAUUGCCUACCAGGGUAUUUGCCACGCUGACAGGAGUGCAUGGGUGGUCGUACUACUACUCUGACAAGACUAUGAAUUGGUCUAAUGCAAGAAAGUGGUGCCAAGCGAAGUACACAGACUUAGUAGCCAUUCAGAACAAGGAGGAAAUUGCUUAUCUCAAUGAAAUUUUGCCACCACAACCGAAGCAUUACUGGAUCGGGAUUCGCAAAAGGGCCAACGUCUGGACCUGGGUUGGAACCCAAAAGCAGCUGACUGAGGAAGCGUCAAACUGGGCUACGGGCGAACCCAACAACAGCAAGAGAAACGAGGACUGCGUGGAGAUUUACAUCAAGAGGGAGAACGACACCGGAAAAUGGAAUGACGAAUCCUGCCGAAGAAAUAAAACGGCGCUGUGUUACACAGCAUCAUGUCAGCCGGACUCAUGCAGUCCAAAUGGAGAGUGCGUGGAGACAAUCAAUAACCACACGUGCAAGUGUCUUCAAGGUUUCUUUGGGAAGCGGUGUGAAUACGCUGUCAGUUGCGAAGAGAUGGACGGUCCUAAUCAUGGUCUCUUCAGUUGCACCCAUCCAUUUGGGAAUUUCUCCUAUGGUUCAGAGUGCAAGUUCAGUUGUGAAGAUGGGUAUCAGCUGGUUGGUUCCAGAUCAAUUGAGUGCACGGCCUCGAGGGAGUGGUCAGCAGCACCACCAAGCUGUGAGGCUGUGCGCUGCCCCUCAGUCCAGCCCCCUCAGAACGGCAACGUUACCUGUGCAGACUCCAGUGGAGAUCUCCUCUACGGCUCCAACUGCAGCUUCAGCUGUGACCCAGGUUUCAUUCUCCAUGGAUCUGAAGUCACGUCUUGUGGCAAAUCUGGAGACUGGAUUGGAGGAUGGCCUGUGUGUCAAGCUGUGCCCUGCCCCUCAGUCCAGCCCCCUCAGAACGGCAGCAUUACCUGUGCAGACUCCAGUGGAGAUCUCCUCUACGGCUCCAACUGCAGCUUCAGCUGUGACCCAGGCUUCAUUCUCCAUGGGUCUGAAGUCAUGACAUGUGGCAAAUCUGGAGACUGGAUUGGAGAAAGACCUGUGUGUCAAGCUGUGCGGUGUCGCCCCCUGCAGGUGCCUGAGGGAGGGAGCGUGAGCUGCUCCAGGUCCAGUGAGGACCUUCUCUACGGCUCCAGCUGCAGCUUCAGCUGCGCAGAUGGACACCAGCUGCAGGGAGCAUCCAGUGUGAUCUGCAUGGCUUCUGCACAGUGGAGUGCAGAGACGCCGAUCUGUAAAGCUGUGCACUGCCCCUCAGUCCAGCCCCCUCAGAACGGCAGCGUUACCUGUGCAGACUCCAGUGGAGAUCUCCUCUACCGCUCCAACUGCAGCUUCAGCUGUGACCCAGGCUUCAUUCUCCAUGGGUCUGAAGUCACGACUUGUGGCAAAUCUGGAGACUGGAUUGGAGAAAGGCCUCUGUGUCAAGCUAAACAGUUUGAUGUGAAAAGCUUUACAGAAGAUGGUACUCCUCCUGAAGUGUACAAGAAUAGCAUUGAGAGUCUCAUUUAG